AUGCAGUUUUUCCCUUCUAUCAACCAUGAGAUGUUCAUGGCUGUUCUUCUUGGUCGCUCCACAGUUUACUGUUGGAACACCUUUCAAUCUGACCCACGCUCUGCAGACAUGGGUGUCGGGCAGGGCUCUGCUCUCUUGCCUGUUAUCUCUGGGCUUUUCAUUGCUCUGGUGAUGAAGCUCUUUUACAUCAAGGCAGCACUGCUCAACACGAUGCUACUAUCCUUUGUAGAUGAUGGGACCAUUUUGGCCCAAUCCAAACAACUUGAUGAUAAUAAUGUGGGUCUGCGUAAGGCCUACAAAAUUAUCUACCUUCUCUUUGUUGCCUUUGCACUCGUUCUUGAACACAACAAGACCGAGUUGUUUCACUUCUCGUGUCGAGGCGACACCUAUAAUCCCUUGCUGGAUUUGGGGUAUGCCCCACAUACAGGUGUUACACCCUUGAAGCCCAAGACCUAUUGGAGGUAUUUCGGCUUCUAUUUCGAUUGCGGGCUCACAUUUCAUGAGCAUGUAAACUACUUAAAGACGACCGCCCCCCCAACCAAGACCCUUUGGGAUCAAACGCCGAAGCUCCCCAGAGGGCAACCCACCUCACAAAAACGGUGCAUCAGGAUAAGGGGAGGAAACCAUCGAGGUUCCACUGUGCAGGCCAUGCGCAUGCUCGGAAACUCUACCAGAGGUCUCUCACCUAAACAGCGGUGCCUCCUCUAUAGGUUGUGCGUGGUUCCCAUUGCCACAUAUGGCUAUUGUCUCUGGUACUUUGACGGCGCCCAUAACAAAGCUGCCAUGAACCAGCUCAAACGGAUGCAGCAAAAAGCUGCUCUUUGGAUUAUGGGUGCUUUCCACACCUCACCCACAGGCAGACUUGAGGCCUUAGCAGGUCUCAUCCCCAUGCAUCUCAUGCUGAAGAAGCUGGCGAUGCGUGCAGUGUAUCAUGUCACCACCCUGUCAGACACCCACCCUCUUCGCUCCAUGAUGGGCGAGGGACUCCUCAAACAGGCUGAACCCCACGCCCGUUCUGCCACCUUGAUGACCCCAGCUAUGCGGGGGAAAGUCAAGAGCACCAUCAUGGAGGUGGACGAACACAUCCACACCUUAACUGAGAGCUUUGAGCCCUUUGCACCCAAAGCUCGCCCUGGUGACCAGUUACUGGACUGCUAUGCGGACCAUCUCCACUUUGACGAGCGCGAUCCUACCCAAGAUAGGCGCCCAUAUCUAGAUGAGCUCAUCGCAAAAGCGAGGGCUGACCCUUUAACAGUACUGGCUGCGGCUGAUGGCUCUGUCCCUCAGUCCAACCAGUAUCAGGCAGCUUCGGCUGCCAUCAUCUACAAGGGACAUUGUGAGCUCGAAAGGACUCGCUAUGUCUCUGGCAGGGUCACUGCCCCAGAUGCGGAACUCAAUGCCAUUUUGUGCACGGUGCGCCUUGCUGUCAAGCAGGCAAACUGCCAACAUAUCAUGGUCUUCACUGACUCUAUGGGAUCGGCCCACAGAGCAGUAGACCCCUCCAUGCACUCUGGUCAGGCUUUCAGUCUGUCAGUCUGUCGCGCACUCCAAGAGUGGUUCGAGGCGGAUGAUCUCUGCCACAUCACCUUUGUUUAUGUUCCAUCUGCUUUGCGUUGGGACAUCCAUGGUGAGGCACACAAGUAA